AUGACUUCCGUCCCGCAACCUCCGUCCCCCGGCGCCGCGCCGGGUCCGUCCUCGGCGGCGUACGGCGUUCACGACCUCCGUGAUCGUGAUGCUGCAGCCUCCGAAGAGACACCUCUCCUCAUGAGCUCCGCCUCCAGCAUCAGCUCCCGGACAUACUCAUUGUACUCACCCAAGACUACCACCACAGCCGGUCAUGUCGAAGAUGCAGACCCGACACAACCCAGACCGCCGAUUCGGCCGGCAAGGGCCCUCGCCAUCACUUGUAGUCUUGGGCUUCUCAUCUUCCUGCAAGCCUCCAACAUGUCCGGCAUGACCCUCAUCCAGGGCGCCGUUGCCGCCGAGCUAGGCGCCUACGAGGCGUCGGCCAUGUGGUUCAGCAGCGCCUACAUGAUCCCCAUGUCUUCACUCACCCCCAUCGGCGGCCGCCUGGCCACCAUCUUCCCCACCAGGACACUCGUCCUGCCCGUGGCGACGCUCAUGGCAGCCGGUAGUCUACUAUGCGCCUCUGCAAAUUCCUUUGCCGAGUUUGUCGCGGGAAGAAUAGUGGCGGGCGUGGGCGCCGCUGGGGUCAUGACCUUGGCUGUGGUUCUAACGUUGGAGCUGCCGAGCGACAAGACUAGAGGGAUAGUCAUGGGCUUGAUCAAUGCUGGCUUCACUCUGGGGGUUUCCUUCGGCGCUGUAGUUUAUGGUGGAUUAAUGCCUCUGGUGGGAUGGCGACCCUUGUUCUGGGCUCAAGUCCCUUUCGCAUUUGUUGCAGGCCUAGGAGUCUACAACAGUCUUCCUCGCUAUCUAGACUCGAGGGAAACCCCCAAGGGUUCUAUUAGAGAAAAGCUUGCGCGAAUUGACUACAUAGGGGCGAUACUAUUGACCACAACCAUUGUCCUCUUCCUCUACGGUCUCGCAGACAAGAUUCAAACCCUCCCUCUCAUUCUGUCUCUCAUCACUCUCAUCUUCUUCCUGAUAGUGGAGUACUAUCUCGCAGCAGACCCAGUGAUACCUAUCAAGGUGCUCUCCUCCCGGGGCAUCCUCCUCUCGUGCCUCGCGCAGACGGGCUUCAUGUCGGCCCGCUGGAGCGUGCUCUUCUACGCGCCAAUCUUCAUGCUCGCCGUCCGCGGCGCCGCUCCCGCAGCUGCAGGGUCGAUCCUGAUCCCGACCAACAUAGGGUUCGGCCUUGGCGGCGUCCUCGUUGGCUGGCUUCACGUACGCCGCAGCGGUGCAUUCUGGCUCCCGUCGAUGGCGUCCCUGGCCCUGUUCAGCCUCAGCCUGUGUGCCCUCUCGCUUGCGGGCACUGCCGAGCUGCCGCUGGUCGCCUUCAUCCUGGUCGUCUUUGUCAACGGCAUGGCGACGGGGGGCGUGUUGAACUACACUCUGGCGCAUACGUUGCAUCUAAGCCACGACGACACUCAGUACAUCGCUACGAGCCUCAUCGCCACAUUUAGAGGGUUCGGGGGUAGCUUUGGCACGGCGAUAGGCGGGGGCAUCUUCUACCGCCUUCUACGGAGUGACCUAGUCUCCGGGUUCCUGCAGCUCGACGGUGGAGAUGAGCUGAGCCAUGACCGGCAAAGGCUAGUUUCCAACCUUUUAAGCUCCCCCGGGCUGGUCCAUGGAGGUGACCUGAGCAUCGCAGAACGAGAAAUCGCGAUACAAGGCUAUGCCAGUGCUUCACGGGGAGUCUGGCAAGCUGCAGCCGUGCUGGGUCUCGUGGUGGUUGCGAUUCAAGCGGCCACGGGAUGGACAUCACCGAGCGAGGAGGGGGAGACGUCAGCAAGGGGCAUGGAUUCCGAAAACGAGCAUGUCGGUGAAGCGUAG